UGGGCGGGCGUGAGGAAACCUCUGGGAAAGGGGGGAAAUCUUGUUUAUUCUGUUUAUUUUGGAACAACAAUAAACAGGCGUAAAUUUUUAAUCUACUACAACCAUUAAAUUAUUCAGUCUUGUGUCUCUUUCCGCCUGAAGCGAAAGACUGGCGAGUUUAACGCGCGGUGAAGAAUCGUGAGAGGCAGCGCGAGCUGAAAGUAUCUUUUCAGGACCUUGGACAGAGCGCGCGUACAAUGGCACCAGUGACGACCGAAGAAGCACAUAUCGCGGAGGUUCCUGUGAGCGUGGCAGUGGUGAGUGUGUUUGGCCUGGUCUUCAGUGUUUCCAUCUUUGCAUGGAUUUGCUGUCAGCGCAAAGCCAACAAGGCUAGUAACAAGACCCCACCCUAUAAGUUUGUCCACAUGCUGAAGGGGGUUGACAUCUAUCCUGAGAGUCUGAAUGGAAAGAAUAAGUUUGGAGGAGAAAAGACAGCAGAAGCCCAUGGAAAACAGACCCUCAGUCCCACCGGUGGACGGCCAGAGCUCCAUCUGGACCUGGAGAAACGAGAUCUUAAUGGAAACUUCCCUUCCAAGCCACCAACCCUCCAACUCAAAGUGCGUAGUUCCCCAGACCUGGACAUCCCGUCUCUUCAGGCAGGCUUUGGGCCAGGUGAUAAUCAGGAGGCUGGCACUCCAGAAAGCAUUCUAUCCAGUCAGACACCAACACCGGCUGUGGAGAAAUCUCAGGACACAGAGGGUGGCCUCGGGACCCUCUACUUUUCGGUUGAGUACAACUUUGAGAAGAAGGCUUUCACGGUUCACAUCAAGGAGGCACAUGGAUUGUCUCCCACGGAUGAACAAUCAUUGACCUCUGACCCCUAUAUCAAGCUGACCUUGCUGCCUGAGAAGAAGCACAAGGUGAAGACACGUGUUUUGAGGAAGACUCUGGACCCAGCCUUCGACGAGACCUUCAGCUUCUAUGGAAUCCCAUACGCACGGGUUUCCCAGCUGGCUUUGCAUUUCAUGGUGCUGAGUUUCGACCGCUUUUCACGUGAUGAAGUGAUCGGAGAGACCCUCGUUCCUCUGGCUGACAUUGACCUGUCUGAGGGGCGCGUCCUCAUGAGCCGAGACAUUAUUAAAAGGAAUGUCAGGAGGAGUGCUGGUCGAGGAGAGCUACUUCUGUCCCUGUGUUAUCAGUCGACCACCAGUACUCUGACUGUGGUGGUACUGAAAGCUCGCCACCUGCCCAAGACUGACUCCAACGGACCCUCAGACCCUUACGUGAAGGUGAACCUGUUCCAGGGGAAGAAGCGAGUGUGUAAGAAGAAGACGCACGUGAAAAAGUGCGCCCCCAACCCCGUCUUUAACGAGCUCUUCGUUUUCGACCUGCCCUCGGAAGAAGGCCUGCGAGACACCAGCGUGGAGCUCCUCCUGCUGGACUCUGACAGAACGUCCCGUACACCUGUCAUCGGCCGGCUCCUCCUGGGCACCUCCUCCCCUGGCACCGCUGGCGAGCACUGGCGCGAGAUCUGCGACCACCCGCGGCGACAGAUCGCUAAGUGGCACGCGCUGUCUGAAGACUAGCUCAGUUGGUUGCCAUGCCGACAGAUGCCCAGGAACUGUCGUCGGAAAUUCAUGGUUGAGUGGGCAGGAUUUGAACUGUGGACUUGUCGCGAGUAAUGUCCUCUGUCAAUCAACUGAACACAGUCAUAUACAAGUCAUAUCAUUGGGGUGGGGCUUCUUCUAAGGGGUGAGGCGCCAGCUGAACCCUGCCAAUUAAUGAUCCCAAAGACUGUCUCAGAUGCCCGAUGCCGCUUUUUCUUCAUGCUUCAUUCGAAACCUGAUCGAUCACC